CGUCAAUUAUAUUUCUAUUACAGAAAAAGCUCAUACGCAAACACAAUUAAACGAGUUAUUUUAUAAGCCGCAGAGAAACAAAAGUACGCUCAAAAGGCGAUCUUAAUUAAAACUAUCCCAAGCGUGCGCGCGCAGUUAAUCAAACUCUUUUGGAGACAUGAUAAUAAACGAGGGCCUGCGUAUAUCGUAUAAGCAGACGCAGUCAUCGAAUCGAAUCGCGCUCUCGAUAUACAAGCGCCGCCGCGGACAGCAACGAGCGCAGGCGCGUGCAGGCACAUAUUGCAUUAGACUCCAAUCGUACACGGCCGGGUCAGCUCCGUCGUGUAUUUUCUCGUUGAGGGAAUAGAUAAAACGCGGCCUCUGAAGCCCAGAUCGGCCUUUCUACGACUGCCGGCGAAAGGGUAAUUCAACACUGCUACGGAACGCAGCGCCUACGCCCAUCGCUGCAGACGAUCGGCAGUAAAACGGCCAGUCUAAUUGCAUUGGGCCGCGCGCGCGCGGGAGGAGCAGCUCUCGGCCAAUUUUACGACUGAAGAUUGAAAAAGGACAAUUUUCCGCGUUGGAAGCCUCUUCGGUCGGCGCUUUUUUCUCGAUCUUUCUCCUCCGCGCAGAGAUACCGGAAGGUGAAAUGAACGAGUCGUAAAGCAGGACGAUGGAAUCGGCUGCGAGAAAUUGUCGCUCUGGCUUUGGACUACUAUACCAGCGCGCGCGAAAGUAUUGCAUUCAAUUUACGAGCCACGAAUUAAAAAUCAAAUUAAUAAACUUUGCCAGCGGAGGUUUCACAGGUGGCUGUAAAAAGUUAACGUUCCGACGAUUAUAUAAUAGCGAUCUCGUGGUGUAUAACGGUCAUGGCGUCGUCGGUUGGACAGCUUUUGAUUGUCUCGAGCGUUUUUUUUGUUCUCGAAAAUGGAAUACCGGACAUUAGGCGAUCUCGUUUUUUCGGCUUAUUGUUUUCGACAAUGUGUCGUUAAAGCACGAUCUCUGUCGAACGAGUUAUAAAAGAGUUAUGGGUUACGUUUAAUGGGAUGCGAUUUUGUCGUUGCCCACGGAAUGUAACGCGCGCUGGCUCGUGGCGUAGAGAAAAAUUUAUUUUAUGAUAUUAGGAAGCAAUAUAGGAGAUUAUCGGCGCUGUAUCUGUCGGAUAUAUUUUUGAGGGCGAUCGUAUUCAGUUUAUUGGGGCAAUAAUGAUGAUUAUAAAAUUUUGCGGGUAUAAGUCCAGUAGAGAUUACCGGGAUAUAUAAGUGACACUGUACAGCUCUGGAAAGCCUCUUAAAAUCAAUAGCAAUCCUUUAUCGUCAGCCUCGUCUACAUUUAGAAAAAUCGAACUACUGUCAACCAUACUUAAAACGAAGCCAUUUUCAGCAAGAGCAAGAAAAUUUCCGCCCCGUGGGUGAAAGUACUUACGGCGAAAGAAUGUAAAUGCGCGCGUUCACGCGAACAGUCUUCGUUGUUAUAAAUUCAAAGCGAUCUUUUUUUCCCUUUUCGCGCUAAGUGGAACAGCUCGACGGCGGCGGUGGCAACCAGAAAAUCUUAAUGGACGUUCGGAGACCGAAGCACACAUGCUGCCGCGCCGAUCUCCCGAGAUUGUAUUAUGCGAGUAACGCAGCUACAUGUGCAGCCUUUUCCUCGGUCUUUUGGUUUUACGAGAGUUUUCGACGCGGGUCGACAAGUGCGACUUAAGCGUCGCCAAAUUGCCGGUUCUCAAUGCAUCAUUACACGCGUUAUGUCGAUUCAUAACGGCGUAGGCAGCGUGCUGCUAUCGCGCAGCUGCUGCCCGUAUAUGCGGACCGCGCGAACAACGCAAAUAAUCAAAACUAGUUUACGCGAGAGACCGGGAGCCGCAACGCAACGUUUAUAAACAAAGCCGCGCGUACUUAUAUGUUUUGACGACGAUUAGCGCGAAAGUCGCAUGUGCGCAGCGUUGAUGCAAAGUCACGUUUUCGGAUAAUCGCUUCGAUUAUGCGCUGGACGGUAGUCUUCUAUUUUGCUUUUUGUCUUAUACCAUAGAGCUAUCGGUUACUCGCGCAAAAUUUACAUGUGGGACUAGUUUCGAAACUGGGCGCGCACGGCGCGUUACAUCGACGAAUUUUGCGUGCUGGAGAGCCGGUUCGAAAGCUGCCGUGCAGUUGUGUUUCGUAGGCGAGUAUAGCUACUACUAUCGUAAGAAAGCAAUUCCAAUUUUUUCCGAAAGCGACGAUAAAAGUUAUUAGAACUGGAAAUUCCGAGCUAUGGAAUAAGUUUAAUGGCAUUGGAUAACUUUGACUUUUCGGUUUGGAAUUCAUGGGUGCGCACUUGUUUAUAUUUGCUGCAAGACAACUUUUUUACACGCGAAUCGAAUGCAACAAGCAAAAUCUAUACGAGUUAUUUCGCAACACUGUUUUGGAUUAAAAUGUAAAGAGUUUUGGUUUGAAAUGUACUCGUGGAAAAGAAUUACUUAACCCUGUCCAAAAUAUGCGAGAAUUUGAGUUAUUCACUUUCGCCAGUAAAAUAUAACAAAUGGAUACGCUGACAGCCUUCAAUUAUGUUUGUGAAUUUAAAAAUUCAUGAACUAUUAAUAUACACUCGGUGGAUUAAGCAGGAAGCAACUUAUUGACUGGUAUCUUUAUUUAUGAUGGAAAUGUAUAUUUCGAAUUAGAUAAAACCGCUUAUCGCAUUACAAGUGAAUUUUUCAAUUAAAAAAAUGUUAUAGAUUAUUCGAGUUUUCAGAUAAAAAAGAAUAGAAGCGGAGCGUGUCGAUUAUGACGAAUCUUUCGCGAAAAUCAGCUGCUCGGUACAUUAGCAUAUUUUCAUUAUUUCGUUGAUAGAUUCACGUGGCACGGAAUCUAUACACGAUAAUUUCACCCGAUCAAUGAAGUGUUUCGUACAACGACGAGUGCAAAUUUUCGUUAAAUUAUCUUGUUCAACGCCCUUUCACAUCCGUUUUUCACAAUUAAACUCAGCCCGCAUAUCUCAUAUAGUACUCGACUUUAAUAUCUGCAGCCACGCAUUCGACGUUCUGCAAGAGUAAGUUCUGACGUGCAAAAGGGAAGGCCGUUUUCCGAGUAUUCUACCGGAAUCGAUAUACCUACGCACAAAAAGCUACCGACUCGAAGCAGUGUCCUGUUUACGCUAUCGUCAUUGUAGAAUUAUCCCAAUUACAGAGAUAAAAAAAACGGAAUGCCUCCUUAUGCGGAGCAUUAAGUAUAGCACGUUUGUUUGUGUGGUGUCUGAAAAAGUCAACAAGAAAAAUAUACCGCACUAAAACCAAAGCCGUCAUAAAUACCAGUUUCUACCAUUCCAAGACACGACAAUCGCGCGGUCCGUGUGUAAUGUACACACAUUUCUGCUCGCCCACGACUUCACAGAAUGAAAAAGGUCUCCCGCAAAGGUGGUGAUCUCCUCGAACGCGGGCAAAAAAGUACGAGAAAAGAGGCAGGAAAGCAGCGCAGGUGUGAUAAUAACAAUAGGGGCGAGCAUACCGUGGACUGCCGCCUACAGACGUAACCUUGAGGGGGUCCGAUGGGAGAGCAAAGUCCGCGCUCGCUUUUCCCACCCGCGCGAUCGGCUUUUCGCGAUAUCUCCUCGGUGUGGGCCGAGGCUCGGGACCCGGACCCCGACUCGCGCCAUUCGCGCUUCGAACCUCUGUACCGCGACUUCGGCUGCUACUAGCGCCCGUGUCUUUGUUGUCCGUUUUGACUCGAGAUGCUCUGAGGUCGAGGGACUUGGAUCGAGACGUCGUUAAAACUGUGAAAGUCGAGUCCAUUGUUGAUUGUUCGCGUCUAUUGGAUUUCUUAAAAUAUUGGCCGGUUCAGACUAAGAGAAGCUGCGGAUCAGUGGUCUUUAACGACUCGUUGGGCUUGUGCUCCAGUGCGACAUGUCAAGAUGAUUUUUUGUCGGUAUCGAGCAGAUUCUACCGAGAAGAAUAAAUUUCGUUUCGCGUAAUAUUUAAAAAAAAUUGCCCCUAAACGUACAAGAUUACGUAGUAUCGAUACGAUAAAUCCAAGCGCUCGAGAGGCUAGCCUACAAAGAAGAGAACCCGAGGCAACUCUUACGUAAAAGUGAAAAAGCUCGAUCAAGAUGUCGUGGGUACCGCCGAAUCUGGCGGAGCUAUGUCCAGCGCAGAGCCAAGUCUCGACGUGCCAGCCGCCUGCAUUCAUGUUCCUGAGCUUCCUGGCGAGCAUGUUCGGCUACUCCAGGGACGACAGUUUCAGUAUGGUCAAAUCGAGUUUCUUCGCGCCGAUGUCACCGUUCGGCAGUAGUAGCUCGAGAUCCAGAACCAGCACCGAGAUAAGCAAUCACCUCAAUGGAUACAACGAAAAGCUCCAGGCGCGAAGAAGCUUCGACUACAAUAAUCAGCCCAACAACUAUUACACCGAUUACAACCAGAUCGGAGAUUACACCCCCGCGGUCGGCUACGGCAGUGUUCCGUCCACGACCGCGAGGGGUUACAGCUCGGCCGGAGGUUUCGGAUCUUCGAGUUUCAAAUUCGGAUCAUCCGGAUUCUUCGGCUCGGGAGGAGUCUUCGGCUCAGGAGGGAAAUUCGGCUCCGCAGGAGGAUUCGGCUCGGGAGAAAGAUAUCGCUCCGGAGAGUACAGCUCGCAGCCUAGUUUUGGUUCUGGAGAAGGCUACAGAACUACCACGGAGUACGCCCUAAACAAAGCGCCCGCCGAUUACGGCGACUACGAUCCGCUCUUGCACUACGACGUGGACUUCGGCAAGCGCAUCAAGCCGAAGCUGCGCGACCGAUUUAACGGGCUGCACUACUUCUUCCCCACGAGCACGACCGAGCAAUCGUCGACGAACUUCUUCUUCGAUCAGCUGCUGACGACGACUCCGGCGCAACCGACAUUCAGGCAUAGCAUACGACGAGGAUCGGUCAGGUUCCAACACACCACCCAGACACCGCCGCCGCCUCCUCCGGCCGACUAUUACUACGGGGUGCCGAUCAGGCGACAGCAGACCUCGCUCCAGACGACGCCAGCGGUGUACCAGGUCGACGCCAUCUACGCCGAGAACAAGUACGAGCGGAAGAUCAUCGAGGAACAAUCCCGCGAAGAGGAGGACGUCGCAGCCAUGCCCGCCAAUUUCCCGGAACCCACGGGAUUCAUGCCGGACGAGUACGACUUUAUUGUGGUGGGCGCCGGAUCCGCUGGAUGCGUCGUCGCCAACAGGCUCAGCGAGAUAAACGACUGGAGGGUACUGCUGUUGGAGGCAGGAAUAGACGAGCCCCUUGUGGCGGAUGUCCCGGGCUUCGCGCCUGCGUUGCGAGGAAGCAAUGUCGACUGGAUGUACAGAACAACGCGCAUGAAGAAGGGCUGUCGAUCUCGCAGGGACGGCACGUGCGGAUGGGCACGUGGAAAAGUAAUGGGCGGCUCGAGCACAUUAAACUACAUGAUGUAUAUCCGAGCUAAUCGGCAGGAUUACGAUAACUGGGCGCGAAUCGGCAACGAAGGUUGGAGUUACGAGGAAGUCCUGCCGUAUUUCAAGAAGUCCGAAGAUAAUGAAAACCCCGAAGUGGUGAAAAGGAACCCGUACUACCACAGCACAGGCGGCUACCAGACGGUCGAGUGGUUCGACUACGUGGACGUGAACACGAAAAUCCUGCUGCGAGGUUGGCAGGAGAUCGGCUACAGGCUGGUCGACGCGAACGCCGCCGAGCAGCUCGGCGUCGUGCACAUCCAGUCGACGGCGAAUAACGGCGCGCGACAGAGCACCAACGGCGCCUUCAUCCGGCCCAUCCGCAACAACCGCGAGAACCUCGAGGUGAAGACCGAGGCCCACGUGACGCGCGUCAUCAUCGAUCCGCAGACGAAAGCUGCCACCGGAGUCGAGUACUACGAGGCUCGCAGCGGCUUCACCAAGGUCGCCCUCGCUCGCAAGGAGGUGAUCCUCAGCGCUGGAGCCAUCAACUCGCCGAAGAUCCUUCAGCUCUCGGGGGUCGGUCCAGCCGAGUGGCUGCGCGAGCACAACAUCAACGUCAUCUACGACUCGCCCGGAGUCGGGCGUAACCUGCAGGACCACGUGACCACCGAUGGCUUCAUGAUCGUCCUGUCGAACGCGACCGCCACGACCAAGACCCUCGAUCAGAUCCAGGCGGACGCGAACCAGUGGCUCGAGAGCCAGACCGGGCCGCUCUCGGCCAUCGGCACGCUCGCCUGCAGCUCCUUCGCGCAGACGCCCUUCGAGGAGACGCAGAACCUGCCGGACAUCCAGUACGCCUUCGACGGGACGAGCGUCAGGGAUUUCGUGAGCGACCCGGCCCGGUCGGGCGACACCUCCGUCUUCCCGCUGUCCUACUACGACGGCAUCAACAUCCGACCGGUGCUGCUGGCGCCGAAGAGCCGCGGCACCGUCCGGCUGAACCGGACCGAUCCCGUCUGGGGCGCGCCGCUCAUGAACCCCCACUACUUCGAGGCGUUCCCCGACCUCGACGCCAUGGUCGCCGGCAUCAGGAUAGCCCAGGACCUCUUCCAGACGCGGGCCUUCCAGGACGCCGGGAUGCAGAUGCUGGACGUGCCGCUGCCGGCCUGCCGCCAGCACAAGUUCAACAGCCAGGAGUACUGGAAGUGCGUGCUGAUGGAGUACACGGCGACGAUCUACCACCCGGCGGGCACCUGCAAGAUGGGCCCGAAGACCGACGCGCAGGCGGUCGUGGACCCGAGACUGAGAGUCUACGGCGUCCAGAGACUGAGGGUGGCCGACGCCUCGAUCAUGCCGCUCAUCGUCCGGGGCAACACCAACGCGCCCACCAUCAUGAUCGGCGAGAAGGUCAGCGACAUGAUCAAGGAGGACUGGCUCAACCUGGUCCACACGACUGUCACCACCGGGUAAACGCCGCUGCCGGGAUGACGAGAGCUCGAGCCGGAUGCAGAUGCAACGUGGAUUUCAAUUCCUGUCUUCAAUUUCCUCUCGAUCGCUGUGCACUUCCGGUUCGAGCGGCUUUUUGCGUCGGUGCGCGCGGCCGGACAGACGAUCGUUAAUCUUCCACGCCGAUCAAAUUCCAAUGGGAGCGCGGAGAGCGGGCAAAAAGUUUUGUAAUAAAGUGUUUCGAGUGCGAUAAUUGCAGCUUAUCCGUGGAAAUAUGCGCUAAUGCAUAAGGACUAAACCCGUUAUGGUAUCUGCUCACAGCGAGAAACUACUUUUGGCAGGUUGUUUUUUUUUUUAUUUUAUUUUAUUGCAUUUGAGGUAAUGAAUAUUUUUGUUGUUCGCCGUCGAGCGUGUAGUUGAACCUGAUCGGCGGCGUUUGAAGGUGUAAUUAUGUGAAUACGAUUAAAUUUGAUCAACACUCUUAACGUAAGCUAUGCUCUGAUUCAUUAUUCCAGUUGAUGAUCGGCAUGUAAUAGAUUUUAGAAUGUUUUGUCAUCUAUAUAUGUAAAAUAAGUAUUACAUAAUAAUGUAUUUAAUGUAGAUAUAUACUAAUCAUGAAAUAUACCAAUAAAGUUUA